AUGAAAAACUAUUAGAUAUUGACUACACAACAAUUAAAUAGCAUCAAUUAGUAAAUUAUGAAGAAGAAAAAUGAAAUUUCAGAUAUUUUAAUAAAGAAGCAUCCAGAUACAAAUACAAAUGGGUAUAUGAAUAUUGAUGUAAAAUUAUCGUAAUAUUAGAUUUAUUUAGAAAUCUUAUAAUAAGUUGAAGUUACAUUAAGUAAUUUAGAAGUUGAUCAUUUCUAUGCACUCAUAACUCAACAAAAUAAGCAACAAAGGAUUCUUCUCUAACAAAUUGAUUCUCCUUUUGAUAUCAAUGAAAAUGAAGAAGAGGAUGAGGUUAAACAACCAUAAAUUAAUGAGUUCAACAAAGAAUUACCAAACUAUGUUAGAUAAUCUUAAAGUCAAAUACUUAGUAUUACAACAAAUAAGAAUAAGAAUUAGAUAAUUUAAUCGAGGAUGAAGAUGAAAAUGAUAAAAACAAGUGUUCAAUCAAACAGGAAUCCAAAAAUAAAAAGAAAAAUUAAGAACAUAUGA